AUGGCCUCUUCCUCGCGGGCGCUACGAGGGCUGUCUGCUCGCGCCUUUUCGACAUCGGCUGCCGUCGCCGAAGAAGUCGUCGCCUCGACUCCUGCCGCUGCCGCAGCAGCAACGACACAAACUCCGCCGCCCUCAUCUCUCGCCCAGGACAAUGUCUUUACUCCCAGAGCCGAGCGCAAACUCCUCAAAACCCGCGGUCUUACUCCCGUCGGUUCUCGCAGACGUCGUGCGGCCAUUCUCUCCGGCUCGCGCAUCCCCUUUGAGCAAUUGCCCUACCAAUGUUUUCAAGAAGCCCGCAAAGUCUUGAUUCAACACCGUGAAGAGAAGGUCAAGGACAUUGAGGCUGAGCGCCAGAAGAUUGCCAGACUGAAGGCCCAGACUGUCGAGCCUCAGAAUGAGCAACGGCAACAACACCGCCUCAACAGCAUGGAACGCUACUUGGACCAACUCAAGAUUCACGCAGACAUCGACGAUCCCAUGGUCAAGAGGAGGUUUGAGGAUGGCAAGGGCGACAUGGACAAGCCCAUCUACCGCUACCUCGCCGACAAAAAGUGGCGCCAGUACGACCGCAUGAUCGUCAUGCAGCGCAUCACCCAGAUGAAUGUCGUGCCAGACGUCCUCCCCACCAUCGAUCCCACUCUCAAUGUCGAGCUUUCCUUUGGUCCCCGUGACGUCCAGCCUGGUGAAUUCGUCGACAGCAGAGUCUCUGAAGUCCCUGCCCACCUCAACAUUCAACCCUAUGACAAGGGCGAGCGCUAUGUCACCAUUGCCAUUAUAAACCCCGAUGUGCCCAAUGUCGAGGCAGACGCCUUUGAUUACCGCUGCCACUUCCUCGCCUCCAACAUCAAAAUCUCCCCUACUCAGACCUCCGUCUCGCUCGGAAAGUUGACCGACGACCAAGUCAUUCUCCCCUGGUUGCCUGCAUACACUCAAAAGGGUCUUGCAUACAGCCGCAUGUCAGUCUUUGUCCUCGAGCAAAAAGAUGGCCAAAUCCUGGACGCAAAGGCCCUAUCACAGCGUUACGAGCACGACGAUUUCAUUCUGAGGAGCUUCGUCGACAGACACGUCUUGAAGCCUGUCGGUGUAAAUAUGUUCAGAAGCAGACAUGACGAAGGCACUGCUGGUGUCAUGCAAAGAGCUGGAAUUCCUGGCGGUGAUGUCGAAUUCAAGAGGAAGAAGAUUGAGCCUCUUCCAUACAAGAAGCUGCCUGGUUCAAGAUACAGGUAG